AUGGCAUCAUCAAUACGAGCCCAAAAGAGUCCUCAUAGUCAAAACAACCAUGGACUAUCUAUCGCCAUCGAAGAAAUGGAGAAAGCGAAUUACUUCUCUUUCGUGAUGCUCAUCAACAUGUUAGAAUCCGUAAACCCUAGAUUCUUAGCCAAUGUCACAUUCUUGAUGCCAAAAGACAAAACCCUUUCAAGAUCGAACAUUAUUGAACAUGAUUCGGUUACCGAGUUCUUGCUUCGCCACUCGAUCCCUUCUCCUCUUCCUUUCGAGCACCUCAAUCUUAUCCCCAAUGGCUCCAUCGUUCCUUCCUCCUUACCACAUUAUACCCUCAAAGUCUCCAAUGGUGGAAGAUUAAGCUACUUUCUCAACAAUGUCAAGAUCAUUAGCCGCAACAUUUGUAGCUUAGGCUCUAUCAAAUGUCAUGGAAUCGACGGUAUACUCCAAUCUCCAAGUACUAUCGAUGAUGAUGCUCCUCAAAAUAAUCACACUGUACCCUCCAUUCCUUGCCCUAGCAGCCACAACACUAGUGAUCACAGCAUUCAUAACAGUAGUGACCACAGCAGUCAUAACAAUAGUGAUCACAUUAUUCCUAGUCCUAAUUAUACUCAUACUGAUACCGCUCCUCCUCCAGCCAGCAGUCCGGGCCCGGCUCGCCUGCAAAAAUCUGAUUCUUCAAAGCUUCGUGAGGGGAAAAAGUUGGUUUCUAUCGUUAGUCUUAGUCUCGGAUUAUUAUUGAAUGUGAUCGGUAUAGGGAUCGGUAUCUAA